GGUCAUGAGGAUCAUGGGGCGCCUCCCGCAGGCGUUGCUGUUGGUUGCCGUCUGGCUUCACAGCUCAGACGCAGCCUGCCAGCUACCGGUGCCGAAAGGAUUCAUACAGACGCCGUACCCGGAUAUCAGGAAAGCGUUCCAGAUCGGCUACAAGCUUACCGCCGAAUCUAACACCAUAUCUGAUAAAGCCACGUAUCACGCGACUGAGUACUACGACGUAAAAAACAAGCAAGGGUACCUCGACGCUAACCUCGGAGGGCAGCAGUACAACAUUUACUACAACCAUCGCACCAACGAGGCCUUCUUCUACUCGGACUCGAAAUGCGAAACUGUUUCCCUGGACAACAUUCCCAAGGAAUACGGAGAGAUUGUUCUCAGGUGGUCGGAUGCCGGCGACACCUACACCAUCCUCGGAACCUCGACGCUUUUCAUAGCUCCCCUUGUGAAGAAAAACGUAAAAACGGCGUUCCAAGGCAAAAAUUUCACCGUACGGGGGAUGCCGGCGCUGAAAUGGUCGGUCUGCUUGAGUGACGACGACACACCUAUCGACGUGUACUUCUCCGAUCCCAAGCACAGCCCUUACGGAUCCGUGGUUCCCCUACCUCUGAGAAUCGUCCAGGGCAAGGAGGUCUCCGAUAUCAUGAUGAUGCAGGAAUACAUCGCGGACGUCGAAGAUAAGUUUAAGAUUCCAGCAGGGCGAGGAUGUGCCCGCGUCACUACGGGGCUGCCCAAGCCUCCCAGCUUCGCCAACGUCUCUUUCGAGUUCCACUCGGAGUUGAUGUUCAGGAACCUGCAGAGCUCCUCCAAGUUCUACUACUCUUCCCACUUAGACAUCAUCCGCGACAUUUCCAGCAACCACAUGAGCGUUAUCGUUGAGCCGUGGGCCACGAGCGAGCGCAACGCGCAGCAGACCGAACCAGCCGGCACUUACCAAGAGAUAUUCGACUACUACAACGGUAUCCUUUACAAGAUCGACAAGUCUGGACACGAGGAAAGCUGCACGAUGAGAGCUGCGAAUCAGUACAUGCUGAAUGUGUCACUGCCGGGAUUAGGCCAACUCGACAUGCUGAACGUGAUCUUCGUCGACGAGGCAACUCUCAUGAACGCCACCUACCUGGGCAUUCACCUCGUUCGGGGAAUGCCGACGCAUGCCUUCGAGCUUCUUCAGGAUGGACUCGACGGAAGGGCGUCCAAGAUUACCCAGGCGACCAUCACCUACUACUACCUCCAGGAUGACUGGAUCUGGGACGAAGAUAUCACCCACAGAAACGUUCCGGUGAAAAUAAGCGCUCGCACGUUCACUACAUCGCAACAGCAGCUGAAGCCGUUCUACGAGAUCACGCUGAACAUCCACGACCUGACGACCGUGAUGGAGCGAAUGAACGAGAAGAUGAACGUUCUUUCGUGCUACAACGAAAACGACCAAUCCUACACGUGGUUUCAAGUUGGCUUCCCAGCGAAUGCGGAUGAUGUGGAAACAGCCGUGGUGGCAUCGCCCGCGGUGAAGGAGGCGUUUUUGGGAGAGCUCUACAAAAUUGCCGAGCUGACGCCACUCAGAGUUCCUCGCGUCCUCAUUGACUACACAAGCAACAUGGUGUUUGUGACGGCACUCAUUCUGGAACGCCCAGCUAUCAUCGAUGAUUACGUCAAGAAAGCCAACUUCGCCUUCAAGGACACGGAGUACACUGAGGCCGUGCUCCCGCUCCAGGACUGUCUCAAAAUAUGCUCCAGCAGUGGCCCUGAAUGCAAAGCCGUGGCGUACUGCGGUGCGUCGUGCUACACCACAUCGAUGUACAGCGAGGACGACACGCACAACUUGGAAAAGUCCGUCGACUGCGACGUUUACGCAAAGACAGCGCUGGGCUUGGCCCGCAAACUGCCCAUAACUCUGGACGCCAUCCAGAAAGUUGUGCAAGCGGUCGCCGACACCAAAUUCGUCCUUCUUGUUCGACACCGCGACACUGGUUUCGGAAAGGUUUUGACACUGACUGCCGAGACUACAGACGAUUCCAUUGGAUCGCUUUCCGAGACAUUCGGCGCCAGCGAUAAAGAAACCCGCGAGAGACAUAAGAGAAUCGGUCCAAGCGUGCCGGGUUUCGACUCCACCGCUAUGGGCGUGCGCAUCAAAACGAGUGCCGAUUCUGCGACGCCCGCCGGAAGGUUCGCGUUGGAGGACUGCGCCGACAUCUGCCGGGACAGGGACGACUGCCGCGCGUUCUCUUCCUGCCUGGUGGACAACGAGUGUGUACUGAGCACCGAACGGACGCCCCCUACCGCCGUCACGGAGAAACAGACCAAGUGCGCCAUCUUCUCCAAGACGUACACUAACAGCUUCAACGUGUUCGAGGGCAUGUCGCUGGACAUGAAGGCACGGAAGUUCGCCGACGUUCCGGCGAACGAGGACUGCGCUCGGCUGUGCCUCUCCGAGAGCGAGUUCGAGUGCAAGUCGUUCGACUACUGCACCAUGACCCGAGACCCCGCCACGGUGUGCCGUCUGCACGACACCCACCUGCGCGAGUACGGUGACCCCGCCAAGCUGGACGCCAAGAACGCCGAGAAGUGCUUCCAUUACUCGAAGAAGUACCUGUACGACUUCAAAAAGACGAAGAACCAGCGGAUCACGGGCCGCCAGCAGUUCACCGUCAUCAGCAAGGUCUCGGCCGAGGAGUGCGCUCGCCAGUGCUGGGAGGCGACGUUCGAGUGCCAGGACUUCGACUUCUGUUUCGCCUUCGGCAAGCAGAACAUGGGCGUCGGCACGUGCACCCUGUACGUGCACAGCGACGAGCCGGUGAAGACCAUCAUGUCGCCAGUCUGCUCGACGUACGCUUACACAGGAAACCGUGAGUGGAUGGGCUUUUCUGACCUUGUCCGCCCUACAGCCUACGCGGUGAGCAUGUCCGGUCACAGUAACGCUACGGCGGGCGGCCUCUCGUUCUUCAUGGUUCUGCUGGGAACCGGCAUCGGGGCCGCCGCGCUGUUCGCCUACGGAUUCUACAAGGCGCACCAGGCCAACCGGGUCUAGCCACCUGGACUCGAACCUCCGACCUGGGGGGGUCAAUUCCCCUUGCCCUGCCCCC